AUGGAUAAGGCUUGGAUGCAUAUUGAAGAUAGAAUGCGUUCUAUCGAAUAUACUGAAGGCGUCAAACAUUUCAUAGAGCUGGCAAAGGCCCAUUCACCGGGUAGAGACUGCAUUAGGUGUCCAUGUAGGAGAUGUCGAAAUCGAACUUUCCAUCCCAUUUCAUUGGUUCAGGAUCACUUGUUCAUCGUAGGUAUUGAUACAUCUUAUUCUGCAUGGAUUUUCCACGGCGAGGAGGAAACAGAAAAUGAUGCCGCAUUUUCUGAUGAACAAGUUCCUGAUGAUGGUAACUACAAUGACUACAUUGAUGAUGUAGAUGAGAUGUUAGAUGACAUCCGUGUGGGAUCCUUUAUGGAUAAUUCUGGUAGAACAGAAUUUUAUGUAGAUGACGGGCCGUCACGACACACCGCUGAGGCUCCGAUACUGGGUAAUUUCGACGAGUUACUGGAAAAUGCACGAAAGCCACUUUAUCCAAACUGCACCAACUUUUUGAAACUAUCAUUCAUAGUCAAGUUGCUUCACAUAAAGAUAGUUGGGGGUUGGACUGUGAAGUCUUUUGACAUGGUUAUUAAGCUGUUGCAAGCAGCAUUUCCUCAAGCACUGUUCCCCGCCUCAUACCACGAUGCUCGCCGCUUACAGCAGGGUUUGGGAUUUAGUUACACAAAGAUCCAUGUAUGCCCAAAUGAUUGUGCAUUGUUUUGGAAGGAUCAUGCUAAUAAAGACGAGUGCCCUAAAUGUAAUGCAUCUAGGUGGGCCUUAAGUACAACUAACCAACAGAGGAUACCCCAAAAAGUCCUCCGAUAUUUCCCUUUGAAGCCGCGGUUGCAAAGGCUGUUUAUGUCUAAAAAGACUGCCCAAUCCAUGAGAUGGCAUGUAGAAGAGCGUGUUGACGACCCCAACUUCAUGAGACAUCCAGCUGAUUCUACUGUAUGGAAAGAUUUUGAUAACAAACAUCCUUGGUUUGCUCAAGAUCCUCGUAAUGUUAGACAUGGUCUAGCAAGUGAUGGGUUCAACCCAUUUAAUAAUAUGAGUAAACCGUACAGCAUUUGGCCAGUGCUACUUGUGCCGUACAACUUGCCACCUUGGUUAUGCAUGAAAGAUCCAUAUGUGAUGAUGUCAUUAUUGAUCCCUGGACCAAAGGCACCGGGAAAUGAUAUUGAUGUGUUCUUGCGUCCCCUAAUAGAUGAGUUGACAGAAUUAUGGGUAGAGGGAAUUCAUACAUAUGAUGCAUACAAACGAGAAUCUUUUCAAUUGAGGGUUGCGUUACUCUGGACCGUCAAUGACUUUCCUGCAUAUGCAAAUCUGUCUGGUUGGAGCACAAAGGGUAAGUUGGCAUGCCCUACAUGUAACUUAGAAACAGAUUCUUUGUGGCUUGUGAAUGGCCAGAAACAUUGUUAUAUGGGUCAUCGUCGGUGGUUGGUGCUAGAUCAUGCUUGGAGAAGGAAAAAGGCAGCUUUUAAUGGUAAGGACAAACACCGUCUCAAACCGAAAAUUCUGGAGGGACAAGCUUUAAUGGAGCAAUUACAUGAGGUCUCAAAUGUGCAGUUUGGUAAAUUAUUAAAGAAGAGGAAACGUACACCGAAUGAACUGAACUGGACAAAAAAAAGUAUCUUCUUUGACCUACCGUACUGGUUAGACUUGGGAUUGAGACAUAACUUGGAUGUCAUGCAUAUUGAGAAAAAUAUUUGUGAUAACGUUUUGGGAACCUUGAUGAAUAUUGAAGGCAAAAGCAAGGACACCGCUACUGCGCGUAGGGAUUUGGAAGAUCUUGGACUGAGGAAAGAAUUACAUUUACAGCAUCAUGGUAAUCAAACUUCUAUGAGUCUUGGUUGUUAUAUGUUAAACGUAAAUGAGAGGAGGAGUUUUUGUGCACGCUUGUCAGAAGUUAAAUUUCCUGAUGGCUUUGCCUCGAAUAUUGCCCGGUGUGUCAACGUUUCUGAAGGAAAAAUCAUGGGUAUGAAGAGUCAUGAUUGUCAUAUCUUGAUGCAAUAUUUGUUGCCGGUUGUUAUUGGUGGGUACCUACGACCCGAUGUGCGUCGAUGUUUAAUAGAGUUGUGUUCGUUUUUCAAGGAAUUAUGUGGUCGAACACUAGACAUAAUAGUAUUGAAACGGCUUCAAGCUAAUAUUCCCAUCAUUCUUUACAAACUGGAAAUGAUAUUCCCACCUGCAUUUUUCGAUAUCAUGGUGCACCUUGCUAUUCAUCUGCCAGAUGAGGCUUUGCUAGCAGGACCUGUCCAAUACAGGUGGAUGUACCCUUUCGAGAGGUAUAUGGGUAAGUUCAAACGGUAUGUCCGCAACAGAGCCCAUCCAGAAGGCUCAAUUGCAGAGGCAUAUUUGCAUGUGGAGUGCCUGACAUUUUGCUCUAUGUACUUGAAUGAUAUCGAGACUAGACAUAAUCGAGAGGAACGGAACAUUGACACAGUUGGGCAGAGCUCCCUAGAGCCAAGUUUAUCGGUUUUCUCCCAAAAGGUUCGCCCUCUAGGGGCAGCCCAAAUUUCAAAAUUAGAUGAAGCCCUGUUGGCCAAGGCCACGUGGUAUGUCCUUAAUAAUUGCCCGGAGAUUGAGGACUAUUUAGAGGACCACCGUAACAAUAUGCAAGAAGAGGACCCAAGUAACUUCGAGCAUAGGCACCAAAUGCAAUUCCCAAUGUGGUUCAGAACACGUAUUGCCGAGUUGCAUGCAAUGACUCCCCCCGCGGUGACCGAUGACAUAUUUGCUUUAGCAUGUGGGCCAGAUCCAUUGGUGGCGAGAUAUGCCGGUUGUAUAAUGAAUGGAAUUCGAUUUCACACAAAGGAGCUUGAAGGGCGUCACCGCACCCAAAACAGUGGGGUUGUUGUUCAUGGCGACCAUGAAGGAGUGCCUAUUGACUUCUACGACGUGUUGCAAGACAUCAUAGAAUUACGCUAUAUGGGAUGGCGUAAGUGUUUCUUGUUUAAAUGUGAUUGGUGGGACAUUGGUGAUAGAAGAAGGGGGAUACAUGUUGGGGACCACUUUACGAGUGUUAAUACUUCUAGGCAAUGGUAUAAAGAUGAGCCGUUUGCCCUCGCUUGCCAAACGUUGCAAGUAUUCUACAUCAAGGACCCGAAUUGGGGGGGAAGUUGGCAUGCGGUACACAAGAUAACCAAUAGGAAUGUUUAUAAUAUUCGCCACAAGACCUCGGACGUGCAUGAUGAUGCUGAUGAUGACGAUGAUGGGUCGGACACUCUUGAAACUGAAGAUGAGAGUGAUACUGAUGUUAUUCAUUAUGUCUCAGUUAAUGAAACUAGCCCAGAGACGCUCAAUCCACUGACCCGAGGAGAUUCAGACAACUUGCCGGUUGAUUCGUCAACCAUGUCACCUGAACAAUUGUGUAGAGAAACUGACGAUGAGGAUUGUGUUGAUGAUGAAGACCUUAACCGACAAUUUGAUAUGGAGAACAUGCCUGCUGUGGAUAGCGAUGGCAUUGUUGCUGUUGCAAGUGAAGCCAUUCAAGCUAGCUGCAUACCCGGCAGGGUAUUAAUGGUGAUAUCUGGAAAAAGAGGCCGGAGGGGAAGAAUUAGACCUCGACGUCCGCUCAUAGUAGCGAGCCCUAGUGAUGAAGCUCCAGUUCAGGUGCCUCCAACAAGGAGCCUAAGGGAUUAUGUCAAUCCCAUAUUUAAUGCAUCAACUGGAGCAGUACCAGCAGUUUCUGAAGAAGUUCCAGAUUUGGUGCUUCAACCGAGUAGCCUAAGAGAUGAGGAGGAUACUUAUGUUGAUGCCUCACAGGAAGCACCACAAGCAGUGGGCAUAGAAGAGUCUCAACCUGCAGUUGAAUAG